AUGGGCCCAGGCGACUAUCACAAAGAGUCUGGUCAGAAUGGCCCUCAAUUGGAUAGUUCACCCUCAUCCCUCAAAGUGAUUACUGCAAACGGAGACUUGAUUCUCGAAUAUGUUGCUGGUGACUCCGCCGCCACUACUAGUCACAAAUGGCAGGUGGCAAGUAAGCUUCUUGCGUCGAACAGUCCGUAUUUUCAAGCACUACUGGACCCUACAAAAUUUUCUGAGGGAAGACAAUUCAAUGCUCAAAAGGAAUCCUGGAGUGAAACUCAGAUCCAAGACGUGGCUUCACAUCAUACGCUACCAACAGUCACGCUUCCCAGUGUCCGCCCUACCAACAUGUGCGGAGAAGAUGCCAUCGAACUCUUUUUGCGGAUUCUAUGUCUUGAUUCCAUUGGAGAGACCGAAAGAAAUGUAUUUGAGCAUGAGCUUAAAGUUCAGCCCACAUCGCUUAUUGCAAGGAUGAUCGAUCUUGCCGAUUCGUUCAACUCUCCCCGCAUUGUGCGCAAUGUUUUGCGAAGAAUUGGGUAUGCCUAUGGCAAGGCAAAACCUGCGCUUUUUGCGAGAUUUAAUGCUGGCCUGCUUUCCAUGAGGGAAGACAGGGUCCGCCAGACCAUCUUUAUAUCCACGUUUCUCGAUGAUUCGAGAGUCUCUAGGCUUAUGACACAUACCCUGGCAGUUGUUGGCUCCAGAUUUUGGAUCAACGGGCUGGAAGACCCUGAAGAAGAAGAUUUGCGUUGGAAGUACCUGCCAAAUGGCAUAGAAGUAACUAAACCAUGCCCACGUCCAGAGGAAAUCUAUUAUCGGCGUCAAUGUGUUUUGAACACCAUAACCGACCUCCAGGCCCACUUUCUCCGAAUCUAUGGGGGAAUGGAGGAUGAUAGUGCAAAGCCGUCCAGAGCCAAUAGAUCAUUAGGCGCAGCCUUCAUGACAUCUGCACCCGCUCUCCUUCACUCCCGCCAAUUUCACUGCAGAGGUGGAUUCAAUAACGCCAGUCAGUGUGAUCUCUUCCAACUGGGCCAGAUGGUCCGAUUUUUCUCAAUGCGAGCCAAAACCAUCUUCUUUGGCUCGACGUUGAUCAACCCCGAUUUCAGCGCAACUCCCGAAGAUGAGUACACAGUUGGCGAAAGCAAUGAUCAAUCUACAGGCCCAUCGUUGGUCAUUACUGCUAUUAUUGCUUCUCUUAAACAAUACCCGGAUUAUCCAAUUGAUGAAGCUCACACCGGCUGUGGUAUCAGACGUCGAAUCAUGCCUGCCUUGGAAUGUGUCGAAAAGUUUGUCUGGGAUGAUCGUGGCCUGCUGGGCAUCUCUCCUGCCUCUGAUUCUGUUUCAGAAUCUACAUCAUCGAGGUGGAUCCCAUGGGCAGAUCUAUUGACCCGUAAACACAUGGCUGAUGUUUCUUUUGCGAGGGUUACUGCCGUGUACUAUCCUUCGGCACCGUCGAAAAACCAAGUCACCCGUUCCACGCCACAAGAAGAACUCUGUCGACUACUGUUUACUGCUGCGAGGAGAGAUUGGAGUGCAGCGGGCUCGAAUUGA